AUGCUGGAGUCGGAUCAGCGCCUGGAGGCCUCCAAGGAAGCAGUGCUGGCGAUUGGCCGCAUGGCGCAGCAAAUGGCCGGCAAGAGCGCGAAGGGCAACUGCCGUCUCCUGCGACCUGAGCUUCUGCAGGUCCUUUUGCGGCUGCCAGUGGGCCGAGCGGAAGCUGCAGCCUUGACUGGGCCCUCAGGCGACAUGUCCACCGCGGAUGAGGACGUAAAGCGUGGCCUGGAGGAGGCAUCCAUCACCGCCAGUGCAGCUCAGCUGCGCAAGCGCGAGGCGGAAUUGCUCUACGAGGUCUUCGUGGUGUAUUUGCGCAUUCUGAGGCAGCGACACCUGCAUGGCCGGGAGCUGCUGGGCGCAGUGCUCACCGGGCUGGCGCGCUGGGGGCAGCAGGUUAACGUGGAGCUUCUUCUGGAGAUCCUCGCGGAGUUGCGACUUUUGGUCAAGGAUGCAUUGUCUCGUGCCAACGAGUUUGUAGCUCUUCACGGACUGAACUGUGCCCUGGUGCUGCUUAGCGGGCCAUCGCAGGCGCUGCUCACAGAUGUGAGCUGGAUCUCGGAGUCCAUGAACAGCGCUUUGUCCUUGGCGUUGCCUUCCAUGUUCAGUACGCACUCCGAGGGGCAAUGGCCGCCAGCGAAAUGCUACACCUUGGAGGAUGAGGAGGUGGUCUGCUCGGACAAGGACCUUGCAGAGGCGAUGGAGUCGCAGAGCGUGCCGGCUCUGGUGCUUCGCUGCCUUCGCGCCGCCUUGAAGUGCCCGCAAGGCUAUGGCAGUGCCUCCGAUGCGGCCCUUGCCUCUCUGAUUGAGCGCUUGUUCUCCAUCGCCCUGGUGGCGGACUGCCACGUUGGCCUGCCAUUCCUCCGGGAGGCUGGCCUCCUGUUGCGAAGGCACCAGCGCUUGCACACGCUCCUCGACCUCGAGGGCGGCAUCUUCGGCCUCGGGGGCGUGGCAGACACCACGGUCACUCUGGUUUGGUACUUCCAGGGCAUCGGCUUCUCCCUGUGCCCCACCUUGGCGCAGGCUUCGAAGGCAUUGCCUAGCAGCCUGCGGAAGCGCAGCUCAGUCAUCACGGACCUGUUCCCUAUUCAGGACUCUCAUCAGUGGCUCGCAGUGGAGGUGCGAAAGCAUUUGGAGGCAUUGGCCAACGUGCGCCAGAAGAAAAGCACGAAACCUGCAAGGCGCGCAAGCUUUGUAUCCGAAGCAGAUCUGAGAAGCCUUUGCACUUGA